AUGCGGUUGCAGAUGAUGUCGCCACCGGCGCGACCGUCAGCUGGCAUCGAUCCCGAACAGUUCAUCCCUAAAGCGGACAGGCUUGAGCAGGCAGUGACAAGGGGGCGCUCGCCACAAACCGUGCAUCUGCCCACCAGAUUUGACCUCGUCUGGACAGAGUCCUCCGAAGAUGCAAUGUCCAUCGUGUCUACCGACAGCUCAGAAUGGUAG